UUUGGCAGCAGGCGGGAUCUGGUGAUCGUGGGCUGUCGGCCGUAGUCGGGCGGGCCGGUGUACAGAGCAGCGUGGUCCGUUCUGAGCCUCACUGACACCCGCCGGGGGAGAGAAAAAAAAAAGUUACUCUUGAGUUCGUGGACACACUGCCAACAUGUCUGGAGAUGAUGAGACGCAGGAGCAAACCAUCGCCGACGACUUGGUGGUUACCAAGUACAAGAUGGGUGCAGAGAUUGCAAACCAGGCUCUGAAGACUGUAGUAGAGGCAGCUAAGGCUGGAGUCUCUGUGCUCAGCCUGUGCGAAAAGGGAGAUGCCUUCAUUGUGACAGAAACUGGGAAGAUCUUCAAGAGGGAAAAGGAAAUGAAGAAAGGUAUUGCGUUCCCUACAUGUGUGUCAGUUAACAACUGUGUAUGCCAUUUCUCCCCUCUGAAGAGUGACCCUGAAGUCGUACUGAAGGAUGGAGAUCUUGUCAAAGUUGAUCUUGGUGUGCACGUUGACGGCUUCAUCUCAAACGUGGCUCACAGCUUCGUUGUUGGCGUGACCAAGGACAACCCGCUGACGGGACGGAAGGCCGACGUUAUCAAAGCAGCUCACCUCUGCGCAGAAGCAGCUCUCCGCCUCGUCAAGCCAGGAAACCAGAACACACAGGUCACAGAAGCUUGGAACAAGAUUGCAAAGUCAUUCAAGUGCUCCCCGAUUGAAGGCAUGCUCUCCCAUCAGCUCAAACAGCACAUAAUCGAUGGGGAGAAAACGAUCAUCCAAAAUCCAUCGGACCAGCAAAAAAAGGACCACGAGAAGGCUGAGUUUGAGGUGCAUGAAGUAUAUGCAGUGGAUGUGCUGGUCAGCACUGGAGAGGGAAAGGCAAAGGAUGGAGGUCAAAGGACCACAGUUUACAAACGUGACCCCAACAAGGUGUACGGCUUGAAGAUGAAGACGUCUCGAACAUUCUUCAGUGAGAUGGAGAGACGCUUCGAUACCAUGCCUUUCACUCUGAGAGCAUUUGAGGAUGAAGCAAAGGCCAGGUUGGGGGUGGUGGAGUGUGCCAAACAUGAGCUGGUGCAGCCCUUCACUGUACUGCAAGAGAAGGAGGGUGAGUUUGUUGCCCAGUUUAAAUUCACCGUGCUGCUCAUGGCCAACGGACCUCUGCGGAUCACCAACAGCCUCUUUGAGCCAGAACUCUACAAGUCUGAGCACGAGGUGGAGGACCCAGAGCUGAAGGCUUUGCUUCAAAGCUCAGCCAGCCGUAAGACUCAGAAGAAGAAGAAAAAGAAGGCUUCAAAGACAGUUGAGAACGCAACAGGACAGGCGAUGGAGACCGAGGCUGCAGAAUAGAUUGAUUCUCCGAUAAAUUGUGACAGGCAUCCGAUGAUCCAAAGAACAGACGUCACGAAUCCUUCUGUCCCAGCUGUCUGAGGCACUUGUGGGCAUAGCCGCUGUGAAUACCUCUGAAUCUAACUGAUGUCAGUUUGGGAUGAUGCUGCUCCUAAAUUUUGUCACUCUCACUAGAACACACACACACACACACACACACACACACACACACACACACACACAUAUACACACACACACACACACUUAGAUCCCUACUAAAUUUUACUGCCUUUGAGACAUCCUUAUUCUCUUAACAGUGGUCCACUACCAGAGAGGAUAUUUUCACUGGAAAAUUGCACCAUUUGACUGACCUUGAGCCUUCCAUUCAUCCUCCAACUGUAGUGAAAGAUGUGGAAAAUAAAAUGAGUUUGACCGAGCGGCCAAGGAUGAUGAAUGCACACUACUGCGUCAGUGUAAUUGUGUGACAUUAAGAUACCUUUCUUGAGGUCUUUCCCUGGAAGCCCCGCCUUUGUCAUGAGUUUAAUUUGUCAUGGUCAUUAAUAUGGGACCGUUAAAUUUUCCCCAUCAUUACUGUUGAAUUCAGUUUAAUUGCCACAUUUAUACCACUCUUGCUUAAAUGCUCUAUUGUGUAUGCUUGUAGGCAUCUACUAUAAGUUACUCCUAACAGUUUCUAAAAUCAAUGUUUAGGACCUACCACAUACUAACAAUUUUUUUUUCUCAGUUGUGGAUGGUCUUAACUCCUGCCAAGGGUUCAAUACUCAGUCUUCUGGUGUCACCACUGAGUCUGACAGUCUGCGUUUACAUAAGAAGUCCAUACCUGUUAAAUAUAUGGAUGCUUUUGUAAAACAAAUCCCAGUUUUAGAGACUAUUUUUGGAAACAUUAAAAAACCACCUGACAUCA